GUAGUUGUCAACCCUUCCAAAGAGGUUCUGAUGUUGUUUGGCGUUUCCAUGGAACCAGAAUCUCGUGGAAAUAAUGCGGGUGUUCAGCCAACUCACGUUUAAGAGUAAGAGAAAAAGGAAUUAGGGAAUCCUCCUCAGUGAAGAUUGACGUCCGAUGUGAUCAUGCAGUGGAAUUUAGACAAAGUCACGGGCUCCCACCCACAGGAGUGUUGACUAAGAGUUAGCCCACCACUGUCACGGAAAAGUAAUGUCGCAAAGGACAUACAACGAACUCUGGGCGGAGGCCCAGAUCGAGUUGAGUCGUCUGCUCGUCGAGGAGCUUCCCGCCCAACCUCUUAAGCCGGAAAAGGACCGAGUGGUGUUCUUCCAGAGACUGGCCAUGCUGUACGUGCGCUAUCUGCAGAUACUCAGACAACUAGAGAAGGUCUACGACCAGGUGGUGCACCCGCAGAAGAGACGACUUAUUCUAAACACCCUUGAGGGCGUGAUGGGCCGAGUCCUAGAGUUAAAGAAUGAAAUGGUGGAAAAAGAUUUCUCUGAGUACCACUACAUGGACGAUGUCCUACAUGACCUGAAGCUCACACCUGCCGACCUUGAGGUUCCGAUCCCUCACUAUUUUUUGAGGGAACGCAGCGAAGGCAUCCAAGAGCGAACAGCGAUGCUCACAACUGUCCUUCAAACGUUGGAGACUACUGGAACAGAAAAACGCGUGACAAAGAAUAUGAGUCAAGACGAGGCCAUCCGAAUCAUUCAAGUGGCAGAGAGAGCGCGCCAAGGCCGUCUGAGGGCAGCCUUGAAUGAAGCCAGCAGAAGGUUGAGCAAGAUACCCAUGACCGAGGACCCGAAGCCCGCCGACAUGGCCCGUGCUGCAGUCCGCAUCCAGAAGGUUUGGAGGGGCUAUGUGGAGAGGAAGAAAGCACAGGCUGCUCGCAUUGAAGAUAUGAUUUUCCUCGGAAUGGCCCCGCAUCCAAAAUACCAGGCGCCGUGCGAGGCCAUAGUCGCUGCCCAUGCAAAUGAAAAGGCCACGCGCAAUAAACAGAAGCAACAUGAGGACGACUACCAAAAGUCUGUGACGGCAAUCGCCAACCACCUACUCGAGGUGGAGGGUCAGGACAUAGCCAACAAUAUGAAAGAACAAAUCAGGCAGUGGUUUAUUGAAUGCCGCAAUCUAACAGGAGUUUUCCCAGACUUUCCAGAUGACGAUGAGGGAGGCUCAGCCAUCCUUUUUGCCGAAAAGGAUUAUCAGCAGUUACUGGAGGAAAUGGCUGAAAAUGAAGAUGAUGGCAAGAAUAAAAAAGGAAAGCCAGAUGAGAAAAAGGAUGCUAAAAAGUCCAAGGGGAAAGAUGCGGAAGAAGAGGAAGGCUUAGUCAUGCUACCUUCGGCUUUUUUGGCAGACUUGGAAAUGUACAACAAAACCUUUGUUGAUUUCUGGGAAACACGCACUGAGUCUCGAAAUUUUGACCAGCGGCACGAGGUGGAGCUGAUCAAGGAGGAGAAAAGGGUAGACAUCGAGUCAGAGAUUCGAGUCAAGGUGGACGAGCAGAUGAGACAAGAACUGGCGGACUGGAGGCUUGCCGUGGAAAAAACGCCAGCCAAAGUUUAUGCGAAGAAAAAAGCAGGCAAGGGUGAUAAGAAGAAGAAAAAGGGGGAGAAAGAUUUGACAGCUGAUAGGACUCUUGAGUCUUUGUGUCAGGAGAUGGUGGAGGAGGGUUUGUUGAAGCAAGCAAACUCUGUGCGGAUGCAGGACUACCUGGGUGACUUCAACUAUCUUGGAAGCACCCUGAGACAGAAUGACAUUGAACCCAUGCCCUCAAUGUCAGAUGUGCGGCAACUGAUAUCUCUUUAUGGAAUUCUACCUUUAGGUUCUCAUGCGGUCCAUGAGAAGGCCCCCCUUACCAAGGCCAUCCUACUAGCAGGGCCAUCAGGGGUCGGCAAAAAGAUGUUGGUCCAUGCAAUCUGCCAGGAGACCGGUGCCACCCUAUUUGACCUGUCUCCUCUCAACAUUGCUGGAAAAUAUCCAGGCAAGAGUGGCCUCACUAUGAUGCUCCAUUUGGUUUUCAAGGUCGCAAGACUGAUGCAGCCUUCAGUGAUAUGGAUCGAUGGCGCAGAGAAAAUGUUCUACAAGAAAGUUCCCAAGGAAGAAAGAGCGUUAGAACCCAAACGUUUGAAGAAAGAUUUGCCAAAAUCACUCAAGCUGAUCAAAGAGGAGGAUCGUGUUCUCAUAAUUGGAACAAGUAAAGAUCCUAUUAGCGCCGAUAUCAAGUCGAUGUGUAAGAUGUACACAAAAGUCAUCCUCAUCCCACGACCCGACUAUGGAUCCAGAUAUGUUUUGUGGAAGCAGCUGAUCCAAAAACAUGGAGGCGCGAUCACUGCAGCCUUGGACCUCAGCUCCCUGUCAAAAAUUUCCGAUGGCUACACCGCAGGUCACAUGAUUCAGGCAAUUCAGCAAGUCAUUACCAAGCGCCGAAUCCUGCUGCAAGAUAAGAGGCCUUUGACUGCUGUUGAGUUUGUGGCCCCGCUAGCCAAGUUCAGCCCUGUGUUUCAGGACGAAGAAGAGGCCUUAAAAAAAUGGUAUGCAAAAACCCCCUUGGGAAAGAAGCGGAGUAAGGCUGCUGCAGAAAGGGAAGAGGCGCUGCAGGCUCAAGCUAAAGGGAAAGGUGCACCGAAGAAAGGAAAGAAAUAAUCUGCCUCGCAAAGAAAUAUAUAUUAACAUUUAUGAAUGCAAUUGUAAAUGCAAUCUAGGUAUCAUUUUAAAUAAAUGAAAUGAAGAAAUAGAGCUUGGUUUUUUUUUUGAGACAGUGCUCCUUGAGAAAGUUAUU